AGACAGUAAGCAGCAUAAAGAUGUUCUUCUGUUGGACUUUGCCAUCUGACGAAGACGAGCCGCACAGGCGGGUAAACGAACCGGAGAAGAAAGUAAAGAAGAGAAAAUGGUGGCAGAGACGCCGGAAAGUAGAGAUGCACGACGGGGAGGAUGAGAAGGGAAACGGGGUAAAGGGUGAAGAGAUGGGGCAAGGAGUGGAGCAGAAGGUUUUAGAGGACCAGGCAGACCAAAUACCAAAGAUGGAAAAGCAGGUGGUUCUGGGGAAAAACAAACCUGAGAAGAAAGUAAAGAAGAGGAAAUGGUGGCAGAGACGCCAGAAAGUAGAGAUGCAGGUGGCCCCACAGGACCUGGUGGAAGAACCAGAGCAGGUCGUCCUAAAGGACCAGAGGAGGAAACCGGUAAAGAAGGUGGUUCUGGUUUUUGAGAUUGAGUUGAAGAAGUUAGAGAGGCAGGUGGACCCAGUGGAAAAACCAGACCAGGUCCUGAAGAAGGUAGAGAUGCAGGUGGCCCCGCUGAACCUGGUGGAAGAACCAGAGCAGGUCAUCCUAAAGGACCAGGGGAAGAAACAAGUAAAAAAUAGGGUUCGUUUCAUAGAGAAUGAGAUGAAAAAAAUAGAGAGGCAGGUGGACCCAGUGGAAAAACCAGAUCAGGUCAUGAAGAAGGUAGAGAGGCAGAUGGCCCAGUUGAACCUGGUGGAAGAACCAGAGCAGGUCAUCCUAAAGGAACAGGUAAAAAAUAGGGUUCGUUUUAUAGAGAAUGAGAUGAAGAAGGCAGAGAGGCAGGUGGACCCAGUGGAAAAACCAGACCAGGUCAUGAAGAAGGUAGAGAGGCGGAUGGACCCAGUGGAAAAACCAGACCAGGUCAUGAAGAAUGCAGAGAGGCAGGUGGCCCUGCUGAACCUGGUGGAAGAACCAGAGCAGGUCAUCCUAAAGGAACAGGUAAAAAAUAGGGUUCGUUUCAUAGAGAAUGAGAUGAAGGAGGCAGAGAGGCAGGUGGACCCAGUGGAAAAACCAGACCAGGUCAUGAAGAAGGCAGAGAGGCAGGUGGCCCUGCUGAACCUGGUGGAAGAACCAGAGCAGGUCAUCCUAAAGGAACAGGUAAAAAAUAGGGUUAGUUUCAUAGAGAAUGAGAUGAAGGCAGAGAGGCAGGUGGACCCAGUGGAAAAACCAGACCAGGUCAUGAAGAAGGCAGAGAGGCAGAUGGACCCAGUGGAAAAACCAGACCAGGUCAUGAAGAAUGCAGAGAGGCAGAUGGCCCUGCUGAACCUGGUGGAAGAAGCAGAGCAGGUCAUCCUAAAGGAACAGGUAAAAAAUAGGGUUCGUUUCAUAGAGAAUGAGAUGAAGGAGGCAGAGAGGCAGAUGGACCCAGUGGAAAAACCAGACCAGGUCAUGAAGAAGGCAGAGAGGCAGGUGGCCCUGCUGAACCUGGUGGAGGUAGUAAAGAACCAGAUUGAUGUAAAGAAGCCAAAUUUAGAGGAGAAAAUGGUCCUCAAAAACCUGGAGAGGAUGGAGAACAAAAGGCUGGAGAAGCAGGUGCUUCAGAUGGACCAUAUGACGAAGGUGGAAGAAGAGCAGCUGCAGGACGACGUUCCCCCCAUCGUUGAAGCCCAACCUGGAGAGUCUGGGGCUCUGAUGGAGAUCGCGUGUGAAGAUGAAGGCGUCCCGAUGCCGAAGUCGAGGAGAACCAGCCUGAGAACCAAACGCCCAGAACCGGCUACAAGAUCCUCAGAGGUUUUGUCAUCGGCGCCGCUGUUGUGUUGACGGUCACUGUAGCUUCCCGUCGACUGUCCUCGUUCUUCAACGUCUGAAUCUGUUGUGGUGACGAUCCGGAGAUCAUCCAAUCACGCGCCGACUUUUCCAACAUCAAAAUAACAAUAAAGUGCCUUCAUGAA